UGUAACGGGGGAAUUACGCUGUAAUCUCUACCGUGUGUGAUUGUUUUUGUUUUCAUGGACGCACUUCAACGGUCCACCCCCAAACCAACGUGAUGUUCACUGUUAUGUGCAGGAGUUCACGUGCUUAUAUAUUCCUAUAUGCAGCAGUUCACAUGUUCACAUGUUCAUAAGUGCAGGAGUUUAUACGCUUAGUUGUUCAGCAGUUCAUGUGUUCAGAAAUCCAGCUGUUCUGGAUGUGCAGGAGUUCAAAUGUUCUGUGCGCGCGCGAAUUCACCUUGAUUUGCGCAGAAGUCCACAUUUUCCUAAAAGCAGGAGUUCUCGUGAUCAUUAAUGCAUGUUUAUAUGUGCAGAAGUUCUAGAGUUUAUACAGCAUGUACAUUUGUGUAGGAGCUUAAAAUGUUCAUCAGUGUGUGUGUUCAUUCAUAUAUUCAGUUGUGCAGGAGUCACUAGAUGAACAGGUUCCACUCGGAACCAAUAACCAGUGAUUAUACCUGUUAAAAAUGGUGUCAUGGUGAUGUAUGUGGAAAUACUCUAGUGACAGCGCGGGUUUUUUAGGAAGGCACUGCAGUUGAUCUCCUCCAACUGAGAGCAACUUGGGAAACUGACUUCCUUCCUGAAUAUGUGAUAUGAAUCAACCAAAAUGUGAUAUAAAAAGACAGAGUUUAAUAACUGAUAUACUAGAUUAUUUGUUAGUCAUACUCAUAUAAAUGUGAAGGAGGCAGUAUUUCAAAUGCAUUCUCUUCAUUGACACCUCAUGUGUUCACACUCGCCUUUGUUCACUACAUUCAAGACGAGGCAUUGACAUCUGAACCCCUGAUGUGUUUGUCUGUGCAGGUGUUUUUGUCUUUCAUGGUGGAGCUGCUGUUCAAGACAGAAAAACUUGAUCUGAGAUUUAGAAAGUUUAAAUUGAAAUGCUACUUCAAUUUUACGAAAAUGGUAACCACCCACAGAAGAAUAUUAAAGGGUUAGUGAAAUUUCUGUCAUUAAUUACUCUCCCUCAUGUCGUUCCACACUUGUAAGACCUUCAUUCAUCUUCAGAACGCAAAUUAAGAUAUUUUUGAUGAAAUCUGAGAGGUAUAUGACUUGUCCAUAGACAGCAAUAUAAUCAACACUUUCAAGGUCCAGAAAGGUGCUAAAGACAUCGUUAAUACAGUCAUGUGACUGCAGUGGUUCAACCUUAAUGUUAUGAAGAGACAAGAAUACUUUUUGUGUGCAAAAACAAAACAAAAAUCACGACUUUAUUCAACAAUCGGAGGUUUUACGGGUGUGAAACGACAUGAGGGAGAGUAAUUAAUGACAGAAUUUUCAUUUUUUAGUGAACUAACCCUUAAAUAUAUUAAUAAAUCAGUUCAUCUUUACUACUUGUUAGCAGGUCAGAUCGAUGGAUAAAGUAGUGAUCUGAGGCAGUGGGUUUGUCUACUGAUGCUCAUUUGACUGAAUGGCUUUAUUUACCAUCUAUACUACUCUGAAAAAAUGUCUUUGAUUUCUCAGUUUUUAAGGUGUGUUUGCACAGAAGUCAAGCCACCUUAAUUUAUAUAUAGCGCUUUAUAUAAUACAGAUUGUUUCAAAGCAGCUUUACGUGAUAAACAGGAAAUUACAGAAUCAAUUCAAUUCUACUGUAACACAAUAGUGUCAUUGUUCAGCUUCAGUUCAGUGUUGAUUCAGUUCAGUUCAAUAACUGUAAAGUUCAUCAGUUAUGAAAUGAGUUCAAUUCGGCUAUAAAAGCUGUACAGAAGUCAAUAGUGUCCUUAUUCACUUUGAGUCCGUUCAAUGUUGAUUCAGUUCAGUUUAAUUCAAACAAGUAAGAAGAUAUUUCUCUCCGAGUGAUCCACAUACACUAUAGACUUCAUUCCUGUAGCCUCCAACCACCACAAAACUUCAACAUAACACAAACUCUUUUAAAUGUCAAGCAUACCUGAACAUUAACAUUAGCAGGUCUUUCCUUCACUCAAAAACACAUAAUAUCACCUGACCUAGUCCUGCGCAAGGCAUGCUGGGGACUAAACGUCCAUCCACUGCCCAGUUUCAGUUAAUUCAUGUAGUAAGUAAACGUCAACUUUACAUAUUUAAGUAGAUGAAUGAAAUUAAGUUGUGGCAUAAAUGUUCAGCAAUUGUGUUGCUUGUUUUAGCUCAUUUUAAUGAAAUGAAUUGAAGAAGUUUAGCCGCUGUGGCAGACGACCUGUCUGGGAAGAUCUUUGGCAUUACAUUAUGUGUUUUAAAAACAACACACUCCUCUGAAGGCACACGUUUGAUCAUAUCACGAGGAGCGAUGCAAGAUAUGCUGGCGAGGCACACGUCUGAUUGGCUGUUUGUGUUGAUCUUGAUCGUGACAUCAUCGCUCUUCAGUUUUGUGAAGGAUGAGAAGGAGUAUGCACUGAAACAGAUCGAAGGCACUGGUAUUUCCAUGUCCGCCUGCAGGGAAAUUGCUUUACUGAGAGAGCUGAAGCAUCCGAAUGUCAUCGCCCUGCAGAAAGUAUUUCUCUCUCACAGUGAUCGCAAGGUCUGGCUUCUGUUCGACUACGCUGAGCAUGACCUGUGGCACAUCAUAAAAUUUCAUCGAGCAUCAAAGGCCAACAAAAAGCCCAUGCAACUACCGAGGGGGAUGGUGAAGUCUCUGCUUUAUCAAAUCUUAGACGGCAUCCAUUACCUGCAUGCCAACUGGGUCCUGCACAGAGACCUGAAACCUGCCAAUAUCCUGGUAAUGGGGGAGGGUCCGGAGCGAGGAAGAGUCAAAAUUGCUGAUAUGGGUUUUGCUCGACUAUUUAACUCUCCACUGAAGCCUUUGGCUGAUCUGGACCCGGUGGUCGUCACAUUCUGGUACCGAGCACCCGAACUCCUGCUCGGGGCGAGACACUACACCAAAGCAAUCGAUAUUUGGGCAAUAGGCUGUAUCUUUGCGGAGCUGUUGACGUCAGAACCAAUCUUCCACUGUCGACAAGAGGACAUAAAAACCAGCAAUCCUUUCCAUCAUGAUCAGUUAGAUCGCAUAUUCAGCGUCAUGGGCUUCCCAGCAGAUAAAGACUGGGAGGAUAUCCGGAAAAUGCCAGAAUAUCCUACUCUACAGAAAGAUUUCAGAAGAACCACAUAUGCCAACAGCAGUCUCAUCAAAUACAUGGAGAAACAUAAAGUCAAACCAGACAGCAAAGUGUUUCUAUUGCUCCAGAAAUUGCUGACUAUGGACCCCACCAAAAGAAUCACUUCUGAGCAGGCACUGCAGGACCCAUAUUUCCUGGAGGACCCCUUACCUACAUCCGAUGUAUUUGCAGGGUGUCAGAUUCCCUACCCCAAACGAGAGUUCCUAAGUGAGGAUGAACCAGAGGAGAAAACAGAGAAGGCUGCUAGCGUUCUGAAUUGGAUGGCAUAUUCAGCGGCUGAUCAGUUACCUUGGCGUACAUGCAAGAACUGUACAGAGAUAUCCUGUCCUCCUGCAAGAAUCAGACGCAGCAGCACCAGCAGACGGCUGCGCAGACGCAGACACAAACACAGACACAGCAGGCUCCAACCCAGCAGAGCUCAGCGCAGACAAAUGGCACAUCAGGCACUGCAGGGGCCAACACGGGCCCCUCCCUACAGCACGGACAGGACCAGGGGCCACCAAACAAAAAACCUCGCACCUCAGGAACCAGUGUUCUUCAAACAGACUACCAGCACUCCAGUUCUCGGCUUGGUUACCAGAGCAAUGUCCAAGGCUCCACCCAGUCGCAAAGCACUAUGGGAUAUUCAUCCUCAUCUCAGCACUCUCAUCAGUCUCAUCGAUACUGAGACUCUAAAACAUACACGAGCACUUAAAAGAAAUAUUAACCACAAGCAUAAAGCCAGGCAAGUCAGUGUUGUCAUUCGAAUAAAGGUCGGGGUCUGUCCCAAUAUAAACAUAAAACCCAAGUUUAUUCCAAUACAAAGCCUCCUGCCAUCCUACAAUUCUCAACAAAUGCUACUCCAAUCAAAGCACAACUUUGCAAUCCCUUCCCUCCAAACACCUCUGAAGAACCAGAUCCAUAAUCAUCAAUCAAAAUUGAACAUUUGCCUCAAUAUCUCAACAGUAUUUCAAUAUAUUUAAAAAUUCACCAGCUCCAACACCAACCAUGCCAUCUGCUAACUAUUUAACAUCUUUAAUGUUUUCACAUUCUUGUCUUAACACCGUUAGACCAAACCACUCUCGAAAUGAUCAGCCAAAUGCUAUUCAGGUCGCAAGGCUUGUUGCAAUGGCUCGUUAAAUGUUGUGUUCCACUGGCAGACUCGCAAAAAAGCUUUCUUCAAGGGUGUCACAGAUACCAUAUCUCAGCCUCUUCUGGUGUUCCAGUGAAAAGUAAUUUGUCCGUCCUCACUGAAUGUGAAACUUCUGCAUGACGUGACAGAGAUAUUUAAUGUUUGAUGUAGAGUUAUGAUUUUUGACCAGUGAGUAUGUUGGACUCAUCUCAGCAUCACAGAAAUAAGUACAAUGUCCUGUCGCGGUUGUGCUGGUUAAGAUAAAAUCUCAGAUUAACUUGGAACCAACAGGAAGUAAACUAGGUCUGAGGUUGCAUUGUUAGGACAUGGCAGUAGGAUACAAUUCAUGGAAUUAUUUUACCCUGUAAAUGUAUGUGAUGGUGUAUCUGUCCGUUCGGGUGCUUAUCACUGAAAAUUGGCUCGUGGGACACCGGCCUAAUGCAUAGUCAGUAAGAUGAACCAAACGUUAUUGGUUGCAUCUCUGGUUGAUUCUACCACCCAUUAGUGUUGGUUUAUCAUCUCAAGCCUUUCUGAGAUGCCCCCAUAUGACACACCUGAAACUAAUCACAUAGAGACAUCUAUGGUAUAUAAGCAAUUGUACAUAGGAACUGAAAUCCCCUUUUAUCUUUCUUCUUCUCCUCUCUCCCAGUAAAGGGAGCUGCCUGCAUGUACGGACAGUAGAGCAGAGACUGGAUUUGUGUAACAUAUGUGUGCAUAUUAUAAAGACUGAAGAACAAAGAGCACUUACUGAGAGAAACGAAACCCAGCAUGACUCUGUGUGAGUGGAGAACAUCUCUCAGCUAUCGUGCACCACUGCAUUACUACACACAUCAUCUUUUGUUGUGUGAGAGGUUUUUGUGUGUGUGUGUGUGUGUGUGUGUGUGUUUGUGUGUAAAAUAUACACUCACAGAAUCGAGUGUACGAGAGGAAACCCUGAGACAUUCAUUUUCAUCCCUUUUUUGCGUUAGUUACAUUAACAACCAAUAAAAAUAACAUCAGCUGUCAAAGAACAAGGACGUGGUUUGCUCUUUUUCUUUUUUUACAUGUUUUAGGAUUUUGGUCAGGACUAAAGUCCCUAAGUGUGUGUGUGUGUGUGUGUGUGUGUGUGUGUGAGUGAGUGAAUUUGCACAUGAAUUUACUUGCAUGUGUGUGUCAUUAUCUGGGGCAGCUAGCAGUUGAACUGCUUCUGUGACUGUUAUUUCCUGUGUCUUGUUUAUUUAGUGUUUUAUAUGCUUUUAUAGUCUCUUUAUUGUUGGUUAUUGUUUUGAAGUGCAGUUAUUUCUUUGUGUUAUUUGAGCUUAGUAUGUGGACUGAAUCAUAGCGCUGAAUCAAACAAAGACAACUGAUUUGAUUUGCUUUUUUGACAAAAAGUUGGAUGUCUCAUCAGGCAAAGCUGGAGACUUCAGCUGUAUUUCUUACAGGUCUUUCCAAGCUGUCUUUGAGACGCUGAAAUUUUGUGGUGUGAUAGACAGCUGCAAGUCAUUCCUGUUGCACAAUUAAGCAGGCAACCCGGUGGAAAAUACGAGCUCAAAUGGGAUUUUACGGAAAUCUUGAAAGAGUCUUAAGUCACUUUAAAAGACCCAGAAGGAUAAUAUUACCCAAGUGUAUUGCAGUCACCCAGCAGGAAUUGUUGAAACUGACAAUUGAUUUCAACCAAAUUGUUCACUGAACAAUGUAGCUAAUGGUCAGUUGCUGCCAUCAUACUCCUGAGUCUCUCUUCUGUCCCAUCUUAAUAUUUGUGCAUUCUUUGUUUUCCUGUAAUGUGCUUUGUAUUUCUCGUGAAAGUGAACAAAAACUGUUUUUUCUCCAAUAUUUUCCCAUUUCCCAUCCCCUCUUCUGGGUUUCUUCACACAUCAAAGUGAAGUGUACAUUGGGUUAAAAAAAUCUGAGACCGAAUUUUUUAUUUUUUUUAUUUUAUUUUUUUUUAUGAGGAUGUGACAUACAAAGUAUACAUAUUUCAGAUUCUGCACUCUUCUGACUGUGUUUAACAAAAUUUCUGAUAUUUAUAAGUCUCAAACUAGGAUACACAGGGGGGUGGAUUUUUUAUGUCCAGCCACCAUUGUCUGAAAUAAUGAACUUAGUUUCAUAUGAUGUUUUUUAUUUUCUUUAAAAUAAGAUGAUCUAUUGUACAGUGUAGUUGGUGUCAUAUCAUCAGUUUAUAGUAUUUCAACCCUCUUCCUGGACAUUUCCUUUCUGUUUUAUUCAGUUUCCCCAUAUUUUGAGCAGAAUCAACUGCGACUGCAAAUAACAAAAUAAAUAAUGACAAACACAUUGUUUCUGUAGACUGUGACAUUUACAUUUGAAUUUACACUGAAUAACAGUUUACUUUUUCAAUGAGAAACCUUUGGCAUCAUAAGACUGACAUGAAGGUCAUGAGAAUUUUAUAAUCAUGAAACUUUACAUUUACAUUUAUUCAUUUUGCAGACUCUUUUAUCCAAAGCGACUUACAAAUGAGGAAUACAGCAACUGAUUUGCCGUAAAGAGGCAUAUAAACAUAAGUGCUCAAAAUACAAAGUUUCAGACAUUGCAUAGAGUAGCAUAAGCUGGAAUUAAAGGAAAGUGAAAGCAUAGAUUUUUUUUUUUUAGUUUUAAGUGCUCACAGAAGUGAUGUUUAUGUUGGUUCAUAAUUUUGUCAUGUUAUGUUGAAAAAUGAUUUUCAAUUUUAUCAGCCACAAAUCAUUUUAAUUACAUUACAGUAUUUUGUAGAUAUUUUGAGCACCUAAUCUGAACCAUAGUUCUAACCAUUUAUCAAUAUACUAUAAUGUAAAACAUUAAAAAACUUGUAAAGGCAGAAAGUACAAUUAAUUAACAAAUUACAAAUAUUCCAAGUCUUCCAAGGUCAAACAAAUGUUUUAUGAGAAAACUACCUAAAUUUGAUCGUCAUCCCCAUCCACUGUAAUGCUCAAACCCCGCAUGCAUACAAAAAUGACAGUAAAUGCUGCUUGUGGCAUCUCUAUCGUGAUGCAUGUUUCUCUUUGACAUGCAUCAGUAUCAGACAAUUUGGAAGUGAGAAUGAGAAAAUGAACAUUUACAGUGAUAUAAAAAUCUGCUAUAAAAACAUGCUGUAACCAGCCUAAUCUGAUUUUCUGGUAUUAGCUGCUAUAAGAUUGUCUCCCAGCCUGGCCAACCUGGUGUUUAGCUGAUUGAUUGACUGAUUUAUGAUGUUUUUCAGCAGGGAAUUCUAUGCAAAAAAAAAAAAAAAAAAAAUCUUACAGAAAACUUUCAUUUGUUCUAGAAACGACCUCAAAAACCAAAAUUUUCACACAAUUUAUUUCAUAACCUACAGUUGUUCCAUGGAAUCUUUGAAGUAAUUUAAGUUUUUUGCAUAGAUGUUUAGAAACAUAUUUUACCUUACUUUGUCAUAUAACUCGAUAUAUGACAAAUUAGCAUUGUCACUAAAUGUCCUCAUUCUUUUCUACUGUAAAAGACUACACUAAUAUAUAUAUAUAUAUAUAUGGUUAGUUUCAUCUGCCAUUGUUUUUUUUUCUCCCCUGCUGUUCUACGACUCCGUCAGAACAGACCCAUUUGUGGGCCAUGACUCCCCACUUGAGAACACACUGGUUUAGAGAUUUGGCUCUGGCAUCUGGUGAGACAGUUCUUCGCAGUUUCUACCGGUAAAGUCACUUUUUGAGCAGACCAGUAGUUCACUGCAGCCUGUCUUAUACAUCUAAUUUCAAGUUGCGUACACUUUUUAUAUUAUGGUGUUUUAGAAAUAAGAGUGCUUAUCUAGCUCUCCUUGUAACUUUUUUUUUUUUUUUUUCUGAAAAAUCUCAGCUCAUGGAUGUUUUCUUUUUCAGUUCAUUUGUAUUGUCUUCUGCAGAUUGUGUUUCAAAUACUGCUUUUCUUGGUAAUCAUGGUGUUAUUUUCAAUACAACUGUUUUGUGAUUGGAUUUAUGAUUGGUAUUCAAGACAGAAAUCCGCUUGAUUCUCUACAGUCAUGACAAGCUUGAAGGAGGUACCCAUAUAUUAUUGUCCUAUUUAUAAUUCUUACUCCUACAAUGAUAAUGCUUUCUGAAACAGGCUUCAGUGAAUGUUUUUAAAGUGAGUUUUAUAUGUACAGCAUUUAAAAUGAUUGCCAUGUUAUGAUAUGUUGCACUGUUAUUAUGGAAUUUUUUAGUGGUAAAUGUAAAGUAUUCCUUAUGAAUAUUUUGUUUAUGUUUGGUAUCUAUCUAUCUAUCUAUCUAUCUAUCUAUCUAUCUAUCUAUCUAUCUAUCUAUCUAUCUAAUCCACCCGUUUUAGAGGUACUAUUAUAUUAUGUCCUGUCAGACAGUCAUCUGUCCCUGGUGUUACAGGCUGACUAAUUACAAUAGUUGACAAUUGACAGUAGUGGCACUAUACACAAAUAAAUCCAAUUCUUGCAGAUUACAUAAAAUGACAUUUUUAGUCGUGGGAUUCUGUCUCACAUUGAUUCCCUUGUAUUCUUGUGUGCAAAAACACACAUUCUUACUCACUGAUUUUUCAAGCUAUUUCUUCAUUAUUUCAGUGUACAAAUGACUGUUAUAUAAGAAAAUAUGUAUAUUUAUUUUAUAUUCUAUAUUGUAAUAAAAUCCCUUUGCUUCAUA